AUGACUUGUUUCCGCCCUUUCUUCUCCGCCGCGCAGGCUCUGCGCAGCACCUUCAUCGCCUCCAUUGAACCACAGGCGAUUCAAACUACGAAACAACUGUAUGCCCUCCCUACUCGACAGCUGAGAUUCCACCAGUCCUCGUCUGCUCCCCGAACUGUUCGCCCGAUACGCAUAACCUAUGGUACCUUUCCUCCGUCUUCUCCCACGCCCUAUCCAAAGCCAUAUUCGCCUGCUCCCAGGUCCUCUACACCUUCUCCAAAGUCCUCUUCUGCAUCUUCAGCUCGACCUCGCACAUUUAGAGAUGAGGAGAUACCCAGCCAAACAGUGAUAGUUGUCCAAGAGAAUGGAGAGUUAGGGACACCAAUCUCACUCAAGGAGGCCCUGACGCAGUUUGAUCGGUCGAUAAACUGCCUGGUUCAAGUCCGCGCGGCUACGGAAGACCAGCCCCCGAUAUGCAAGGUCAUGGCUAUAGCGGACCAGAACAAGGGCGUCGAGAAGAAUAAAGGUGCUCGCAAGGCCAAAUCGACGAGCGUUCAGAUAAAGCAGAUAGAGCUGAACUGGGCGAUUGACCCUCAUGACCUCAAGCACCGGCUCAACCAACUGGAGACCUUUCUAGCCAAGGGCAAAAGGGUGACAUUAGUCUUGACGAAAAAGGCUAGGAAGCGAAGAGCUACUCUAGAGGAGGCAAACCGGCUUCUGGCCUCCGUUGAAGAGAAGCUGUUUGAAAUCGGUGUCACCGAGGUGAAGCCUAGGAUGGGAAAGAUCUUGCAGCAUAUGGAAUAUAUCCUGGACAAGAAGAAGGCUUAG